AGCAUGCGCACUUGGUGUAAACAGGAAGAACAGACGACAACCAGAGCAAAUCUACCAUAAAGAGAAGAAAAUGAUCGGACAAAAACCAACAAGCGUCUUGUUCUUUAUAUUUUAACAAACACAAACGAUGUCCUACAUCAUCUGAUAGUGAUUUCGAUUACGUCUCGUAAGAGCUGUCGCAAAAUUUUCGACAAUUUUGAAAGACUCGUUAAUACCGUAAUACCGUUACCGAUAGCUAACGUUAGACAGUCAGUGACGCGAUUUAUUUCCUCCGGGGUUUGCUCGACCAAUUUGCCUGCUGACCUACAUUAGAAAAAACACUCGGAGCUCCUCUGGAUUCGUCUGAAUUUGGUGGCUUCACACCGAGUGAAAUCUCUGACAAUGGUACAGAAAGAAAAGACACUGGAGACGCCUCAAGUGGACAGUGAACCGAGCCCCAGCCCAGUCUCCGGAGAGGCUUGUGCGGAGGCCGCCGGCCCGGUGGAGGAGUCCGGCAUUGGAGUCGAACCGACGGGCCUCAGAAAAUUCAUCAGCGGAGUCGUGGAAGGCUUUUACGGCAGACCAUGGACAAUGGAACAGAGGAAAGAGUUGUUCAGGAGGCAGCAGAAAUGGGGGCUGAAUACGUACCUUUAUGCACCCAAAGACGACUACAAACACAGAAUGUUCUGGAGAGAGUUGUACUCGGUGGAAGAAGCAGAGCAACUCAUGACUCUAAUUGGUGCUGCUAAAGAGCAUGGGAUAGAGUUCAUCUAUGCCAUCUCCCCUGGACUGGACAUCACCUUCUCCAAUCAGAAAGAGGUUUCUGCACUCAAGAGGAAACUUGAUCAGGUGUCUCACUUUGGUUGCAAGUCAUUUGCCUUACUUUUUGACGAUAUUGACCACAACAUGUGCCCUGCUGACAAAGAGGUGUUCAGCUCUUUUGCACACGCUCAGGUUUCCAUCACCAACGAAAUCUACCAGUACCUGGGAGAGCCUGAAACCUUCCUCUUCUGUCCCACAGAGUACUGUGGAACAUUCUGCUACCCAAGUGUCUCUCAGUCCCCCUACCUCCACACAGUAGGAGAGAAGCUACUGCCUGGCAUUGACAUACUAUGGACAGGUCCCAAAGUGGUGUCCAAAGACAUCACAGUAGAAUCUAUUGAGGAGGUAUCUAAAAUCCUAAGAAGAGCCCCGGUGAUCUGGGACAACAUUCAUGCCAAUGAUUAUGACCAGAAGAGGCUUUUCUUGGGUCCGUACAAGGGCCGCUCUACCGAGCUCAUCCCCAGGUUAAAGGGAGUCCUCACCAACCCUAACUGCGAGUUUGAGUCCAACUUUGUAGCAAUCCAUACUCUGGCCACAUGGUACAAGUCUAACAUGAAUGGGGUGCGAAAGGAUGUGGUCAUGACGGACGGUGAGGACAGCACAGUGUCCAUCCAGAUCAAGUUAGAGAAUGAGGGCAGUGACGAAGAGCUGGAGACAGACAUGCUUUACAGCCCACAGCUUGCCCUAAAGCUGGCUCUCACAGAAUGGCUAGGGGAGUUUGGUGUGCCUCAUCAGUACAACAGCCGACAGGUGCCUCAGAGCGGUGCCAAAAGCACAGUCAUCGACGUGUCAUCCAUGGCUGCUCCGUCUCUCUGCUCCUCCACCACAGUCACAACCGUGUUCCAGCAGCCCAUCAUGUCUCCAGCCAUGCCGCCUCUCUGUUUAGAUUCGCUCUCACACCCCAUGGCAAAAAGACCUCAGGAGGAAGAAGAGGUGGAGGUGGAGAAGAAGGAUUCAGACGAGGAGCCCAUGGAGAUGGUGGUUGAGAAGCUGGAUGAGCCAGAGCCAGAUGCAGAAGCUGACCCAGAGGAGAAGCAUGUCGGUCCUAUCUUAGCGGACAAGAUGGCUGAGGACCUGAAACCCAUGGAUACAGACAAGGAGAGUCUGGCUGAGUCAAAAUCUCCCGAAGAGUCUAUCCAGGAGGACUCUGGGAGUGACAUCGCACCUAUGCAGACUGACGAUCAGCUCAAGCAGGUGCCACCAACAUUCGAUGUGUUUGUCCCGAGGCCCGACGAGAAGCCACUGUUCACAGCGGAGCCCCUCUCACUUGAAGACCUGAGCCUGCUAGCAGAGCUCUUCUACCUGCCUUAUGAACACGGACCCAAGGCCAUGCAGAUGUUGAAGGAGUUCAACUGGCUCAGAGCCAACAGCAGCGUCGUCAGUGUCAACUGCAAGAGAAAGGAAACUGAAAAGGUCACAGAAUGGCAGACUAGGGCGGAGAAGUUCGAGGAGAUGUGCUGCUCAGUCAUCCAGAUGUUCACACGUCUGUCCAAUUCAGCCAACCGUACCAUCCUGUACGACCUCUACCCUUACAUCUGGGACAUCAAGAGCAUCAUUUCUAUGGUCAAGUCGUUUGUCCAGUGGCUAGAUGGAAGAAUCCACAGUACAAGUUUCUACUGCUAUUGGAUCGACAGUGGCCGAUGGUGUCGUAGUCAGUCCUCAGCACAAUUCCUUAGAGGAGACCAAGAGCCCUGGGCCUUUAGGGGAGGUCUAGCAGGAGAGUUCCAGAGAUUGUUGCCAAUAGAUGGGGCAAACGAUCUUUUCUACCAACCUCCACCUUCACUGCCAACCUCCAAAAUCUAUUCCAUAAGGCCAUACUUUGCCAAAGAUGAGCCUGCAAUUUAUAAAAUCUGUAAAGAAAUGUACUGUGAAGGAAUGGAGGAUGUACCUUUCUCUGACCAGGAAUCUGACCUCAUUGGAGACAGGUUAGUCGGAGGUCUCCUGUCUUUAAGUCCAGACUAUGGGUUUGUACUAGAGGAUGAAGAAGGGAUCUGCGGUUAUGCUCUCGGCACCGUGGAUGUCAAGCCCUUCGUCAAGAAAUGCAAGUUGAACUGGAUUCCCUUCAUGCAAGAGAAAUACAACAAACCUGACUGCGAGAAGGACCUCACAGAGGCUGAGAAGAUGAUGUUGAGUUUCCAUGAAGAAGAGGAGGGUCUUCCAGAGUCCUUUCUGUCCAAUUUUCCCUCCCUCAUCAAGGUUGACAUUCACGCCAAGGUCACUGACCCCAGCGUGGCCAAAAGCAUGAUGGGAUGUCUGUUAUCUUCCCUUAAGGCCAACGGGUCCCACGGUGCAUUCUGUAAGGUUCGUCAGACUGAUAAGAGAAUGUUGGACUUCUAUAGUAAGCUGGGAUGCUUUGAGGUGGCCAAAAUGGAGGGCUUCCCCAAAGACGUCAUCAUUAUGGGGCGAAGCCUAUGAAGAAACGUCCUGCUACAAUAACAGACAGAGAGAGAAAAAAAGCGAGAGAGAGAGCAAGCAAGCAGUCAACACGGCGUUUAAAAAAAAAAAAACGUUUGCUACCUUCAUGAGACAAACUUCCAUGAUGAUUUUAUACUGCAUUACCAUCUGGGCUAACCUGGGGAAACCUGUUUUUAAGAUUUGUGUACAGAAGCACAGCACACACAGAUUCCCCGCGCUGCCCGUAGAUGUUACGGCUCUGUUGGAUUCAGCAGAUCCGAAGCUAAAAGGCCAAGAAGUGAUCUGUAGUCAGCUGAUCAGAGCCAACAAGAGUGGCACUCCAGCAUUCAUUUCUGGGGUCCCACUAUUUAUAUACCUCCAGGAGGCAGGAAGUGACAACUCCAUAAGCCUUUUUUUUUUCUUUUUUUUUCUGAUUUUAAUCCAGCAGCCAUUACAUGGAUAUUGCCCACAUGCCCUAACGCUAAGUGUCUGUAUCUGAAAUGGAGGCAGAGCCGUGAAACGAGGGCAGCCUGUAUCUCAGGUAGUGUCUCACUACCCUCGUGUCCUGUUUUUCUCAGCUCCGACAUAGAGAAAUAACACGACUGUCCACAUAAGCUGGACACCAUUAAUACAGGAUGUGAAGUGCUGCGUGAGAAUUUGCCUUUCAUCGUCACAUCAUGGGUUUUCUAGUUGCUCCACAAUAGACUUGGAGAAAGAGGCCUUUUUUAUUAAAGGACGCAUCACGAAGAAAAAGUGAUGUUAAAUGCUGAGUCUUUACGCAUGAAAGGCGGAAAAUUGUAGCUUAGAGGAUCCUCACAGUCCAGCAAAGGAAAAAGUAUUUGUUGAGACUAUUAAAGACUCAACCAGGAGGUCCUCUGAAUUUCCGUUCAAGCGGUAGACAUUUGGAAACCAACAGAAAAGCCUCCACGAGUUUACAAACAUGGUUCUUAGCCUGUUUCUGUUUAGCGUUUUACUUUUGGCCAUUUUUUUUUUUUUUUUUACUAACACCACAUUUUUUUGCUUAUUUCCCCUUUGAGCUAUUGCCUUUUGGGUCAUUGCCUUUGGAUUUUAGGUUUAUAUCGCAGACCCCAGUGUCUUCUGUGUCAAGGCUUUCCAACACAUGUGAUUUUGGACAUUGGCCUUGUUGCUCAAAUUCCAGAGAAGUAGCCUGCUUUUUUCCCCCCUGACUUUGGCAGUCACAUGUCAAAUCCAGCACAUAAAUCCUUCAGUAAGCUAUCAGAGAAAAGACAGGCCAUCUUUUUAAGUUACGUCAGAUGAUACAUUUACUAAAUGUUAUGGAAAUGUUACGUGUUUUUGUUUAUCCAAUUGUUUAAGUAGGUAAAAUGAUAAAUUUACUGGUAGUUACUCUUUCAAAUAAUCAAAACUCAAAUCAGUGGGACCAAAAAUCUGAUAGUGUGAUCAGCUAUUUUGUGUAAAAAAUUUAACAUUUUGAAAGCAAUUCACAUUGGAAUUUCAUGAGUGCAAAUGGAUACAAGUCCUAAGUUUUGAAAGCAUUUAACCCACCGUUUUCAUAAAGCUGCUGAGUUCUUUCUUAACCACUUUUUCAGUACCUGACUUGUAAAUCAACAGUUAACCUGUGCUGCAGUUUCAGAUAUGCUGCGCUAUAAAGCCAUUGGUAGUAAUAUGAGUCAUAAUAAUCAGCAGAUAAUCAGUUCACAUCUUUCAUUUUGCAUCCUUCCCUGCGGUUUCUACGUUGCAUACUCAUAAAUGAAUGUCUUUUCAGCUGAGCCUUGGCGAGCGCUCUUAUGAUCGCUACGGUUGUUAAAUCUUGUCACUAAAUGUCACCAAAGUGGCACUGACCCCCCCACACUGAUGCUGCUCUGCAGCUGUGAAGGUUUGGAGCAGAAAUUCAUAGGCCUUUUUUCCUAUCUGUCCUUUUGAAUGUUUUAUAUUCUGACGCAUUUCCCAUUUGUUUAUUGUAAAUCUAUAUAGUUAACAAAAAAAAGCACUUUGACUAUAGUUAGGAGUGUUCUGUUGGUUACACGAGGAUCAUCAGUUGCUCUUCAGUAGCUGCCUGCCAAUGUGAUGUUUUGAUACUGUGUACAUUCAUGAUGUGCAUGAGGUGUAUUGGAUUUGCUGUGGCGGUCAUUAGAAUAACCUCAUCCUAUGCUGCACAGAGGAAGAAGCAUGCCACUCCCCUCUGUGAGCAUAAUACUGUAGUUCAUAGACAGUCUGUAAACACUGUCAAUCAUAAACUGUUAUUAUUUUUUGUAUAUCUUUACUGAAAUUGUGGCUAGCAUUCUGUUUCGCUUUAAAAGACAGGAAAAUGACGGACAGCACUAUGUCAUGCACAGCUGUCGUACCUGGCUGUGUCUCAGUGAGUUUGUGAAACUCACCAACAGAUCUGCUGUUAGUCUUCUGAAAUGACGGCAGAGUUUUCACUUAUGUUAAUUAAAUGGUUCAUUUUGCAGUUUGUUGAUGCUCGUGCUUUCUCCUCUGCCAACUUGGGUUUGAUAGAAAUGGGCUGUGACUGAGAGAAAGGGCUCCAAUUGUACAUUUUGAUUAUCUGAGUUCAGGGUUGGGGAGGCGGGCGGGGUCAUAAAAGUCACAGUUUACCUAUGUAAAAUUUGUAUGUAAGAUACAUAAGAUUAAAAACUAAUAAACUACAAUAAGUGA